GUAAUCGGACAACUGUCGUUCUCACUCUGACUCGGUCUCUUGAGAUCCCCGCUAUAUAGUGUGUGUAUCGGAGCUCCGUGGGUCCUAACACUUGAAAUGAAAAAGAAAAAGGUGUGUUGUAGCCGGUAAUUUGUUGCGUUACAGGUUCUACGAACUCUCGAAGAACUCUUUUUGAUGAAGUUUCUCUGUUGUCUCUGGACUGGACAGACUUGGCUGUAGAAGAUUAUAACGUAACUUAAAGGAACGGGAUACCAGCCAGAGCACAGGGAUUCCACCGUAGUUGGAGUCUAUGGACAUGCAGGAUCUAGCCAGUCCGCACAGCUGUGUAAGUGGAAGCAGUGAAUCUCCUAAUGGUCCCAGACUCGACAACUCCCAUAUCAAUACCAAUUCCAUGACCCCCAAUGGCACUGAAGUUAAAACAGAACCGAUGAGCAGCAGUGACAUCACCACCCCAGUAGCCGACGCCUCCCUAGACAGCUUCCCAGGAUCAGUUAUUGGAACCAGUGGCUUCAGCCCAAGACAAACACAGCAGUUCUCCUCACAGAUUUACCCUUCCAACAGACCGUAUCCACAUAUUCUCCCUACUCCUUCAUCCCAAAAUAUGUCUGCGUACGGUCAGACACAGUACACCACAGGAAUGCAGCAGGCCGCAGCCUAUGCUAGCUACCCCCAGCCUGGACAACCCUACGGGAUCCCUGCCUACGGCAUAAAGACAGAGGGGGGACUGAGCCAGUCUCAAUCCCCGGGACAGACAGGCUUCCUCAGCUACAGCUCUGGUUUCACCACCCCUCAGACGGGCCAGGCUCCAUACAGCUAUCAGAUGCAAGGUGGCACGUUCACAACCACGUCAGGAUUGUACGCAGGAAGCAACGCCCUCACGAACUCAACCGGCUUCAACAGUACACAGCAGGACUACCCGAGCUACCCAGCGUUCGGCCAGGGCCAGUAUGCCCAGUAUUACAACAGUUCUCCCUACACCUCCCCCUAUAUGACCAGCAACAACACCAGUCCCACCACCCCCUCCACCACAGCCACCUACACCCUCCAGGAGCCCCCCAGCGCCCUGACCAGCCAGGCCCUCACGGACCCUCCAGCAGGUAGGCCCCAGGCCCCCCAGGCCACCCACCCUCCAUCCCCAGGAUCAGAAGGCUCUGGAGGGGGUGGCUAUGAUGCCAGGGCCACUCAUUAUGGAGAUUACAGUACCAUCCACAGUCCAUCAACGCCCAUUAAAGAUUCAGAAUCGGAUCGAUUGCGGCGUGCCUCGGAUGGAAAGUCACGUGGCCGAGGGAGAAGGAACAACAACCCUUCACCACCGCCUGACUCUGACCUUGAGAGAGUGUUCAUCUGGGACCUGGAUGAGACCAUCAUCGUUUUCCAUUCCUUGCUCACAGGGUCUUACGCUAACAGAUACGGUCGGGAUCCCCCGACGUCUGUGUCACUGGGACUGAGGAUGGAGGAGAUGAUCUUCAACUUGGCAGACUCUCACUUAUUCUUCAACGACUUGGAGGAGUGCGACCAAGUCCACAUCGAUGAUGUCUCAUCUGAUGACAACGGGCAGGAUCUGAGUACUUAUAACUUUGGCUCAGAUGGGUUCCACGCGGCAGCGACCAGUGCCAACCUGUGCCUGGCCACGGGAGUGAGAGGAGGGGUGGACUGGAUGAGAAAACUGGCCUUCCGCUACAGACGAGUAAAAGAAAUCUACACCACCUACAAAAAUAACGUUGGAGGUCUGCUGGGCCCAGCCAAACGAGAAGCCUGGUUACAAUUGAGAGCAGAAAUUGAAGCCUUGACCGAUUCCUGGUUAACACUGGCACUGAAAGCACUCACAUUAAUCCACUCAAGGUCAAACUGUGUGAAUAUCCUGGUGACCACCACCCAGCUCAUACCUGCCCUGGCUAAAGUCCUGCUGUACGGACUGGGGAUAGUGUUUCCUAUUGACAAUAUUUAUAGUGCUACCAAAAUAGGGAAGGAGAGCUGUUUUGAGAGAGUCAUUCAGAGGUUCGGUAGGAAAGUUGUGUAUGUCGUCGUGGGAGACGGAGUGGAAGAGGAGCAAGGCUCAAAAAAGCACAACAUGCCCUUCUGGAGAAUCUCCAGCCACUCUGACCUCAUGGCCCUCCACCAUGCUCUGGACCUGGAGUACUUGUAGCUACCGCUUCCUACGGCCCCUACACCCUACCGGCCCACUGCACCUACCCAGAGGCCACAACACCCUAACGGCCCACUGAACCUACCCAGAGGCCCCUACACCCUACCGGCCCACUGCACCUACCCAGAGGCCCCUACACCCUACCGGCCCACUGCACCUACCCAGAGGCCCCUACACCCUACCGGCCCACUGCACCUACCCAGAGGCCCCUACACCCUACCGGCCCACUGCACCUACCCAGAGGCCCCUACACCCUACCGGCCCACUGCACCUACCCAGAGGCCCCUACACCCUACCGGCCCACUGCACCCACCCAAAGGUCCCUACACCCUACCGGCCCACUGCACCUACCCAAAGGCCCCUACACCCUACCAGCCCACUGCACCUACCCAAAGGCCCCUACACCCUACCGGCCCACUGCACCUACCCAGAGGCCACAACACCCUACCGGCCCACUGCACCUACCCAAAGGCCCCUACACCCUACCAGCCCACUGCACCUACCCAAAGGCCCCUACACCCUACCGGCCCAAUGCACCUACCCAAAGGCUCCACAACUGCUCUACCAGACCCUACUGGCCCAUACUGGCCACUACUGGCUCCUACUGACCACUACCAACCCCUACUGGCCCCUACCAACCCCUACUGGCCACUACCAACCCCUACUGGCCCCAACUGGCCCCUACUGACCCCUACUGGCCCCUUGUGCUCCACAUACCACAACUACUCUACCAGACCUUACUGGCCCACACUGGCCCAUACCAACCCCUACUGGCUCCUACUGGCUCCUACUGGCCCCUACCAACCCCUACUGGACCCUAGCGCUCCACAUACCACCACUACUCUACCAGACCCUACACUUCCUGCUCCACCUUGCCUUGCAACCUUUCAACUUUCAACUUUCACCACAGCCACUCAGGUCCUCCCACCCAGAACAGACUCUCUGGGGCCCUUUGUGUCGCCUGCCCUCCCCCUUCUUUACCUGGCUGCCCUCUUGCCCUCCCCCUUCUUUACCUGGCUGCCCUCUUGCCCUCCCUCCUUCCCGCCCUCCCCCUCCCUGCAUUCAACUAGAGAGAAAAAAUGAACAGAAAGAGACCUUUAAAAGAAGAAAAACUGAACAAUGAAACAGUCGACAUCAUGUUGACAUACGGCCACAAUUCAUCUGAACCUGGAUUCAUUAUCUGUGUGUUCGUUCUGAAGGCCCACCGCCCCAAACAACCCGAGUGGGGGUGACAUCCAACUCUCUCUCUCUCCCUCUGUCUCCCUCUCCCUCUCGCUCUGUCUCGCUCUCUCCCUCUUUCUCUCUGUCUCUCUCUCUCUCACUCUCUCUCUCUCUCUCUCUCUCUCUGUCUCGCUCUCUGUCUCACUCUCUCCCUCUUUCUCUCUGUCUCUCUCUCUCUCUCCCUCUUUCUCUCUGUCUCUCUCUCUCUCUGUCUCUGUCUCUCUCUCACUCUCUUCCCCACCUCUCCCCACUCUCUCUCCUCUCUAUCUCUCUGUCUCUCUCCCUCUCGCUCCGUCUCUCUCUCUCUCUCUCUCUUCGUGGUAUAUAGAGACAGAGGGGCCCAUGUUGUUCUAACUCAUCCGUCCUCCAUCGUUAAUCUCUUGCCCUGCCUGACUUCGGCCUGGGAAUUCUGUGCUUCUUAUUAUUUAUGAACAGAGACGUUGUGAGUGUCACUGUCACUAAAGGAGAAGACUUGUGCCUUUUUCACGUUACACAGUAUUUUGACUCCCACCUACCCCCACACUAUUCCCACACCAGGACGGACGAGGAAAACAGACUAAUUAACGUUCAUGGAAGAAGUAAAACAAACAAAAAGGUUGUUUUUUUUCUAAUAAUUUAAAGAAAAUUAAGAAACUUUAUUUACAAUGAUGCUGAGACAAUCGUGUACAGAGAAAGUCUUUUUUUGUGUGUGUGUGUGUAAAUUUUAAGUCACUGGACGAUCCUAUAGUAAUUGGUUAAUAGGCUCUUGAAAAGUGAAAAGGGCAAAAUGCUAUUUUUUUUUUCUCCAUUGAAGUAAAAAAAAAAAAGGCAUGCUAAUCGAGCACAGAAGAAGAGAUGAUGCCUCUGAUGCCUCUGAGCUGAGAGCGGUGGUGAUGCUGAGUUGAUUCAAAACUUGUUUUGUUCAUUAAAACAAACAUGUAGAUAUUACAUGGGAUUUUGUGCUAACUUCAUUUGUCAAGACCAAAAGCAUGGAUGUCAAAGUGUCAACGAACAUUUUAUUAUUUCAUAAUUCUGUUCGGUCAACAAUGUUGUUUUCUCCCCUCGUACUCUGUUGUGUCCCAACAGGCAACCCCGUUCCCUGUGCAGUACACUACCCAUAGGGUUUUGGUCAAAAAAUAGUGCACUAUAGAAUAGUGCAGUAUUUAAGGACUAGGGUGUCGUUUGGGACAUACCUCCCUCUACACUCAGUAUAAUGAUAAGCCUUGUGAUUUCUGUCACAUCUUAACUUGACACAACAUCAAAUCAAUCAACUCUCUCUCUCUCUCUCUCUCUCUGUAGAUCCAUGUUUUACUGGGAAUGUUGUUUCUUUAACGUGUCGAAACGUUGUUCAGAACUUAUUUUAGCCCUUAAGCAUUGAAAGCUUUUUGCAGGUCAAACCAAAAAAAAAACUCCACGUAUUUGACAUGAUGAUGAUAUACCGUACGACUUGGUGUGAAGAGGUUUUGCCGUUGAACCUGAUGUGUAAUGUUUCCCAUGUUCCGUCUGUUGCUAGGAGUCCGUAUACAACUACGAUUUGAAUAAAUUAAGGAAAAGGUCAGCUUUCAGGAAAAAGAAAAAAAAACACAAAAAAACAAGCUUAAAUAGGUUGUAUUCUUUUCUACAAGCGCUAACAAAAAAAACUAUUGUACAGCGUAAUUUUUUAUGAAGUAGUGUUUUUAUUUUGCAUUUUUUAAAUAUAAUUGUGUUCUUGUGUCCCACUUUUUUUGAAUUGCUGAAAAUGAAAUUGAUUACCUAUGCCCUUUUUGACAGUACUUAUUAUGACGGAACUGUGGACUGAUGGGGUGAAAAUCAUGCUGAGAGAGAAGAAGAAAAGCCACUACUUCCUCUAACACAAAGGGGUCAUUCAGAACAUACAUACAUAUGUUAUCAAAUGUGAGACAGGGACUGAUUCCAGGUCAGUUUCUAACCCCUCCCCCAUCCCCCCCUGCACAUGCUCACUGUUGCUAUGCUGGUGUUGUGGUGGUGACGACCUCUCUGUCUCUGUCUCUCUCUGUCUCUCUCUCUCUCUCUCUCUCUGUCUCUCUGUCUCUCUCUCUAUCUCUCUCUCUCUCUCUCUCUCUGUCUCUCUCUCUCUCUCACUCUGUCUCUCUCUCUAUCUCUCUCUCUCUCGCUCUGUCUCUCUCUCUCUCUGUCUCUCUCUCUCUCUCUCUCUCUCUGUCUCUCUCUCUCUCUGUCUCUCUCUCUCUCUCUCGCUCUGUCUCUCUCUGUCUCUCUCUCUCUCUCUCUCUCUAUCUCUCUCUCCCUCUCUCUCUCUUUUCAAAGCAUCUUCUCCCCCAUAGCUCUUUCAGGGGGACUACAUAUUGCUGCUAGAUCAAGGUAGACAACGGAAAAUGGUUUUAGAGAAUUAACAUGUUCAGCAAAAAAAAAUUUGUUUUUUAUUAUGUUGGCGUUGCAAUUAUAAAUGCAAACUGGAAAUCCUUUACACUAAUAACGUGGGCCUCAAGGAUGAAAAAAAACUUCAAAGGUUUGUUGUGUCUGCAAAAAAUAUGUGUACAGAUGUUUUUGACAUUAUUAUUUGAUUGUGUUUAAAUUAAUAAAAAUGGAUUUGUGAACUGUUGAA